AAAGGCCCAUAGGGAUUUGUCCAUCUAUCUGAGAUCCCAAAAUACUAGAAAAGGCUUGGUGUGUUUCCAUAAUACACACUUAGUUUUUGUUUACAAAGCACAAAAAGCCACAGUUACAGGGAAACUUGGGCUCGCAUGUGUAGAUUUCUCAAGGCAGGUGGCAACCUCCUCACAUUGACGUCUUGGGUCUGUGUUGCUAGUGAUCCAUUUUGUUGCUCGUUCAGAUGUCUCUGUCCCUGGCUACCGCCUGUACCUGGGCAGCUUCAGUUCUGUUACUUAGGUUAUUUUCUUUACUUGAAGUAGCUGCUAGUGAUGUGUAGGUCUCAAGCUCUCAAGGUAGUCCUGUUGGUGAAAGAUUUGGAGUGACUGGAUCCAGCAACUAAAGGUAUAGGGCUGGCAGGAGACCCUUGCCAUAGAGUAAAGGCUGUCACAUGUCACUCAUAAGGGCUGAUAUUCUAGAGAGAGAAAAGGGGCUGGUUGUUGGUAUAAGGGGCAAGUAUCCUAUUUGGAGCAAGCGUGUCUACAGACCAGCCUAUUUCACACUCAAGUGUCUGGAAACCAGUAGUGCUCCAGAGGGUGAAGUAUGGAUGUGUGCUCUCAACUCAUGGCUGUCAUCACCUCAGUUGAGCCGCGUGUGAAGCGUCACGUUUGGCAGAUUCCAGUGGAGAACACUAGAGCCCGUGAGGAGGAGGAAGUGGAGGAGGAGGACCCGACCUUUUGUGAGGUGUGUGGCAGGAGUGACCGUGAGGACCGGCUCCUGCUCUGUGAUGGCUGCGACGCUGGGUACCACAUGGAGUGUUUAGACCCCCCCCUCCAGGAAGUGCCUGUGGAUGAGUGGUUCUGUCCAGAGUGUGCUGUCCCUGGUGCUGCCUCUGCCAGUGAUACGGCUCCUGUGAGUGAGGAGGAAGUCUCCCUGCUGUUAGCCGAUGUAGUACCCACCACCAGCAGGCUGAGGCCUCGCACAGGCAGGACCCGGGCCAUUGCCAGGACACGGCAGAGUGAGAGAGUGAGAGCCACUGUGAACCGGAACCGGAUCUCCACUGCCAGUAGGGUGCAGCAUGUGCCAAGGUACCUCAUGUCUUCUCUGCUGGAUGAGACUAUCGAAGCUGUUGCAACUGGUCUGAGCACUACUGUGUAUCAGCGCCCCCUGACACCUCAUGCCCCUGUUAAACGGAAAAGGAAGACAGGCAGACGGAAGAAAAUACAGGGAAGAAAGAAAACCCAGUCCAGGUCAUCAGUGAAAAGUAAGAGUCGGAGUGCAAAAGCCAAGAAACGCCGUGUGAAGAAAAGAAAAGGGAAAAAGAUAAAGAAUGAAGUCACAGCUCGCUCUCGCAUUGCUCGGACGCUGGGCCUCUGCAGGCCUGUCCGAGGCACCUGCAUGCCAUCAGUGUACAAGCCCGUGGACACCUCUCUGGGGCUGAUGCGGGCAGAUAUUGGAGCAGCUUCUCUGUCACUAUUUGGAGACCCCUAUGAGCUGGAUCCCUUUGACAGUAGUGAAGAACCAUCUGCAAACCCCCCUUCCCCUCUGAGUGCCAAGAGGAGGGUGUUGUCCCGCUCAGCUCUACAGUCUCACCAGCCUGUGGCAAGGCCUGUCUCCAUGGGGCUCUCCAGGAGGCAGCUCCCUGCCGUGGCCCCAGAACCAGGUGUGGAGGAGGCCCCUGUCCCUGACCUUCUGGGAAGCAUCUUGUCCAGCCAGAGCUUCCUGAUGAUGAGCAGCGCUGAUGUCAUCAUCCACCGGGACGGCUCUCUCAGUGCCAAGAGGGCAGCUCCUGUUUCUCUUCAGCGGAACUCCGUGACUCCGUCCAGAGAAGGGCCUAGGUCCAGAGAUGGUCUGCAGCCUGUGGCACCAUCCUCAGGGAGCCUGUCUGAUGGACCCACAGGAGGCAGAACACAGAGCUCAGGGCUAAGCUGUGGGAAUAGGUCAGCCCUGCGCUGUGGCCCUGCCCGUACUGUGGGGGCAUCUGUGAGGCUGGACUCCUCAGUCACCCCUGGGUCAGGUCAGGUUCAGAGCCUGUCAAACGGGAGUGGGCUUGGCUUGAGACAGUGUGACAAAUCCCGAUUUAAUGGUGUCAGUGUGCAGGCCUUGCCUCUUGGUUCUGCCUCAUCUAACAUAUCUAGCAGCCAUUCUAACUCUCCAUCUAGAGGUGUAGCCCUUGGACAUGCCCCAAAACCAGCUCCCAGGAGAGCUGACAUCUCAGAACUGCCCAGGAUACCUAAGAUCCAAAGGGAUAGCAGUGGCAAUAGACGGGACCCGGCCCCAGCCCAAGAGCAGAGUGUUGAGCUCCCCAGCACCUGCAUCAGCCGCCUGACAGGCAGGGAGGGCCCUGGGCAGCCAGGACGAGGCCGGGCAGAGAACGAACCCAGCAGCAGGGGCCCCCAGGAGCCAGGCUCACACACAGGUGGCUCUCGGCCCCCAGCCCCCAGCUCCCAUGGGACCCUGGCCCCACUGGGGCCCUCAAGAGGGAAGGGUGUAGGAUCAACCUUUGAGAGCUUCAGAAUCAACAUCCCAGGAAACACAGCACACUGUAGCCGACUGUCUGGCCCUGGCUUCUGUAACACGUUCCGGCCUGUGGAUAGCAAAGUGCAAAGGAAAGAGAACCCUUCACCCCUCUUCUCCAUCAAGAAGACAAAGCAGCUAAAAAGUGAGAUCUACGACCCAUUCGAUCCCACUGGCUCCGACUCAAGCCCCCCUAGCAGCAGCCCCGAGAGUCUUGGGCCUGGCCUCCUUCCAUCUGAGAUCACAAGAACCAUCUCCAUCAGUAGCCCAAAGGCUCCUGUGUUCCAGGCCGUGCGCUGUGUCACCUCCUACAGGGUGGAAAGUGUCUUUGGAACCGAGCCCGAGCCAGAUCCCCCUGGUGAGCCCACAUCUGGCAUGCUCAAGUUCCGGAAUGAGGGCCCUACAGAGGGGGCCUCUGACAUGGAACGAGAAGGGUUAGGCAGGGAGGACCCCACAGAGAGCCAGAGUCUCACUGCCCGGACACGGAGGCCAUCCCCACCAGACCCCUGGGAUGAUGAGGAUGAAGUGUCCCGUGGCCCCUUCUUUGGCUCAGAGGAACGGACAGUGACUUGUGUGACUGUUGUGGAACCAGAUGCCCCACCUAGCCCAGAUGUGUCACAGGUGACCACCCACAGGAUUGUAGAGCUUCACGCUCCAUCCCGCUCCCGCUCCACCUCUAGCUCCCGAGGUAGGAAGAAAGCCAAGAGGAAGAAGACAGCCAGGGAGCACCGAAGGACACGCUCCAGUACUCGCUCUGGCUCCAGGGACAGGACCUCACGCUCAGCAUCACCUGUGGUUGAGGAGCACGCCAGGAGGCACCAGGCCAAGGCCAAGGGCCGGAGGUCUUCCAGUGACCACGCCAGUAGCCAGGAAAGAGCAAAGAAGAGAAAGGCCAAGGACAGGGAUAAGGAGUGGAGGCGGGGUUCCUGGGGCCGAGGCCGGAGGAAAUCCCGGUCACGCUCUGUGAGCCCUGGCAGCUCCUCCUGUGAGCGCUAUGAGAGCAGGAGAAGGAAGCGGCGACGCUCAGGGUCCAGGACUCGGGGGAGGGACUGUUCCCCCCACAGCAGCCUGGAGAGGGCCCGGAGACAUAGGCACCAGCGGGAGCGGAGCCGGGAAUGGCCCGACAAGAAGGACAGGUCCACCCGGUCCCGAGAGAGGAGGAGGAGGAGGUCUCGGUCACCCAGCUCAGAGCACAGGGCAAGGUGGCCACGGUCCCGCGAGAAACGGCCUCGUUCCCCAGAGAGAAAGGGCACUGUGAGGGAGGCUUCCCCAGCCCCUACUCCACGGCAGGAUGGAGACCACCCAGAAAGGCUACCAGCUUCUGCAGAAGUGGGUGUCUCACCAGAGGUGGUGAUGGAUAACUCGAACCCUUCUCGGGCGCCCCCUGUCCUGGAAGUACCAGCUGAGUGCACUCUGGAGGACCUGGACUAUGGUGACUCGGUGGAGGCAGGCCACAUCUUCGAGGAUUUUUCAGACGAAGCUAUCUUCAUCCAGCUUGAUGACAUGAGCUCACCUCCCUCUCCUGAAAGUACUGACUCUUCCCCAGAGCGGGACUUCCCGCCAAAUCCCAUCUUGCCCCUGGCCAGCCUACCACAUGACACCACCUUAGCGGCCAUCCAAAGGGAGGUGUCAUUAAUCCAUGAUGAAGACAUCUCACAACCCACACCCCAGGCAAGGGAUCCUCCAGAGCAGCACCUGCUCAGGCAGGACAUGGCAGAGACCAUGGCUACAGAUCCCAGUACUCUGGGCGUUGUUCCUGUGGUGAAGGAGAACAGCCCCUCCGGAAGUGAGAGGGUGUGUGAGGCUGCCAGGCCUGAGGAGGCUGUGGCACAGGCCCCCCUGCUGCGGUCUAGAACCCUGGUGAAGAGAGUCACCUGGAACCUGCAGGAGGCCGAGAGCAGCACCCCAACCCUGGACCGAGCCCCAAGGACACCACUUCACAGGCCUCAGAGGUCCCAGGAAGGAGCUUGGGAUGCAGAAGAUGGGCCUCCUGUGGAUGUCCAGCAGGCCCUGUUCUCUGAGCUGCCCCCUCCCAGCCAUAUGCUACUGGAACCUGGAUUCCCCGACACAGACCCCUCUCAGGUGGGUGCUGGGCUAGAGGGAUGUGAGCUGGGCCUUGUGCUGGACCUGUGGACUACUAUGGAUGGGACUGAGGCCUUACAGUAUCACUUUCUUGUGCUUUGGGAAUGGGAUUCGGGGUUUAGUGCCGACUUUUGGAACUCUGUGCUCAGCGGGGUUGUUUUUGCCCAGGUUUACAGCCCCAACAUGCCUCCCACCCCAGCUCAGCCCUCAAGUAUCCUGCUGUACCCACUGGUCAGCAGCCAGCCCUCGGCACAGUACAUCCUGCAGGGCAGCCUUCCCCUGGCAGGCUGUGGUGCAGUACAGAGCCUGGCCCCAGUGCCCACUGUGCUAGCCACAGCCUCAGAGCUGGCUGGUCAAGCCACCACUACCACCAGCUCAGAGGAGAGGACUGCCACUCCUAGGCCAGCUGCAGAGAAGACCAAGAAGGAGGAAUACAUGAAGAAGCUGCACAUGCAGGAGCGGGCUGUGGAGGAGGUGAAGCUGGCCAUCAAACCCUUCUACCAGAAAAGGGAGGUGACCAAGGAGGAAUACAAGGACAUCCUGCGCAAAGCUGUGCAGAAGAUCUGCCACAGCAAGAGCGGUCAGAUCAACCCUGUGAAGGUGGCUAACCUGGUGAAGGCCUAUGUGGACAAGUAUAGGCACAUGCGCAGGCAUAAGAAGACUGAGGCUGGGGAGGAGGCACCUGCCCAGGCUGAGGCCUGAGGACAGGCAGCUGUGGGCAAGACCCCUGGGGACAUUUCUGUGUCCUGUGUCCCCAGUUGCAAAGAACUGGGGCCACCAGCACUCCUGCCUUCAAGGCUCCCAUGAUGAUAACAGCACCUGUCUUGCUCACAGUUGAAAACUGGACUUUUUUUUUUAUAUGUAUAUUAUAGAUACACUGUUUUCAUUGUGUUCUAAUUUAUCAAAAAUGACUUAUCUUUAGAAAGUUUUCUGUUGAC